AUGGCCGCGGCCGCAUUGUGCACGGCACAGGAGGAAGCGGAGAGGAUCAUCCGCGAGCGUCAGGCGGCCAGCAGGAAGCCCUGCCGCGACACCGCCACCUUCCGCCGCCCCAAGCCCGACGACGACGACGACGACGACGGAUCGGGUGCCGAUGAUGGAGGAGCCGCCGACCAGCCCGACAUGGCCUACGAGGUCACCGUCAAACCAUCUGAUUUCCAAAAGCUUCCUGAUUCGAAGGAGAAAGGCCACCGCGACGGAGCCUACAAGAAGGAUACAGUGUCCACGGACGCCGCCACCGUCAGUCAAUACAAGAUUGGGCAGGUGAUGAACCCCAGCACGUCCACCCGUCCGAUGCAACCUAGCUCCGUCAACCACCAGCGACCACCCACCCGCGUGGCCAUGGCCGCUCGCCCGCACCCGAGGCGCAAGUCCCGCCCACGAACGUCGUGCCUCCCGACGCCGGGGCCGCCAAGUGACCAGCUUUGUGCCAACGGGCGCACCCGACCGAAGAAACCACGGCAUACGUCCCGCCUCGAGCAACGCCGGAGUUGCGCCAGCCCACACAUGGCCGGGGAACGGGUGAGGAGGGGGAGCGGAUGCAUCGGGGCCGGCACAUCCCCAUGCCAGCGACGGGUGGCCUGGGCUCGGCAUCACAUCCCCGUGCCAGCGACGGGUGGCCCGGGCUCGGCGGUGCCUCCCGUCCCUCCAGCAUAUCUCCCCACCGAACAACUCGGUGUCGCCCCACCUCGGCGGCGACCGCAGCUCCACGCGAGGCCAACAACAUACACCCGCCCGCCGGCAAGGAGAGAUCCCAAGGGUCGCCACCAAUCACGAAGGAAGCUUACUGAGGAGCCCAUCUGCGCGGCCCGCUGUCGUCCAGCCGCCGAAGCUUCGGAUCCCGGCCAGCCCGCCCACCGGCCAACCGCUCCCGCGUCGCACCACCACCCGUCGUGGCCAUGGCAGGGGCAGAGACCAGCAGCCCGCGCCGCCGGGCCCCAGAUCCGGCCUCGACCCCACCGGCCCUGGCGACCAAGGCACGCCCGCCACCGCCGCGCCGGUCACGCCGCCAGCAGGCUCCAGCUCGUCGCCUCGCUGUCGCGCUCACCGCCAGCGCCGCAUCCCAGGCAGGCGCCUCGACCCGCCGAGGAGACAAGGCAGCCCCGCCGCCACCGGCGCCUACCAGGCUUCGCCCGGCGCACCCUCUCUGGCGGCGAGGGAGAGGAGGGAGGAGGAGGGGAAGCCCACCGGCAGCACUAG